AUGAGAUUCCGUUCCCUUCUUUCUUUUCUCUUCCUCUUUGUGACUAUAACACCAAAAGGAAAGACUGGUGUUAUCCCAGGAGAAAAGCAGUGCAUCGCUUUGCAAGGGAUGUGCAGAGAUUUCGCAUGCUCACCUUUAGAUGACACCAUUGGUGUGUGCAAUAAUGAGAAAAAGUGUUGUAGAAAGUGGUGGAUAUUUGAACCCUACCCAACACCAGUUCCCAAAGGAAAAUCUCCUUAG